CCAACGCAUCUCGGAUGCGUUAAAUAAACUUUACAAACUAUAAACUAAGUUGUAAAGUUUAGUUUAUUCGUGUUAGUGAAUUAAACUAUAAUGUUUGGUGCUAGUGAGUUUAGUUAGUUUGUAUGACGCUUUGCAAAGUUUUGUAACAGUUAAGUUCGAAAGGAUGCUAGUAAUUCGAAAACAGGAUUUGAUGUGACGAAUUUUAUGGUAUAAGCCGCGAUAUGUCGCUAGCGGACGUGCGCUCAGCGCGCAGUUCGCCCGCACCCGAGGCCUGUCCCGACUGUGACACCGGCGCGUCCGUUACAUCCGAUUUGCAUAAGUAUCAAGUAGCAUGCACAUGCAAGCCGGCGUCAGCGCAAUACGCGUGUGCAGAGGAACCUGGGCCUCCCCCGCCAGCCAAGACGGACACACCUCCCGCGUUACCUCCACGACCUCCCACCAGUGUUCUUGCUGCCACUAAUAGGAGAAAUAAUGCAUCAGUCGGCUGCAGCGGCAACGAGACAUCAUGCCGCCGCCGCAAAUACGCGUGGUGGUGUUGCGGUUGCGGUGCGCUGUCCGCUGCAUUGGGGGGCCUGCUUGCCGCCCAGCACAUCCUGUUACGGGCCUACACGGCCUCCCCGCACCACCUUGAGACAGUGCCGGCCGCAGUGCCAGCCGCAAUGUUGGUGCUGACCGGAGUAUGUAUUAUGAGUCUCGCUCGUCGCCGGAACAGAUACAGCUAUAUGGUAAGAAAAAUCAAAGUGGUUGGUGCUUGCUGCCUCGUUUGCGCCUUGACUUGCGUUCUAGUAACUAUCACGACCACCGUCAUACACAUGAACAAAUUGCAGACACUGAAGUUUUGCGAUUACACUAAGCUCACAAGAACUUGUACCUGUUACUCGAUGCCCACAGAAUCACAACACAGCGGAUCAGAUGACGAUGGGGUCCGCUGCGCUUUCGAAGGCGUGACGGACUGUGGCGUGGUGCACGGGGCCCUCUACUGGUGCUUGCGCGGAGUGUUUGCGCUGUCCGUCAGCGCAGUGCUCGUGUGCAUCUUCAGCUGUAUGCUUGCCUACCAGCUUCUGAGUCACGAACGUAAGAAGAUGUACUGGGAACAGCUAGAGUUGCGUUGCAGGUCUUUGUACCGACCACCCAGCGGACAACCCGCCGCUACUGGGAGACCUGUGCAGUCCAACUGCAGUUGUUGUGCACAGUGUCACACUGCUCAACCAGCCUGGGAUUUCAGCCUCCAACACAGAUUCUGGGCACCUGGUCGUAUUGGAAACCUAUAUUCUCCAAACCCCGGCACUGGCAGGAAGACUUCUCCUUGGAGCUGGUUUCCUUGGCCCAGGGGAAAUAGUCAGAAUACAUUUCUCCACAGUUCCCGAUGCAGAAUGAGCGGCGUACCCCAGUCAGGGGACAGCGCUUACGGCUUCUGCGAGAACGAGCCUAAUCAAAAUCCGUCACAGCAAUACGACGAACGGACCUACCCAGCGAACUUUAAUCAAUUCCGCGCCCAAAACCCGCAGAAUUUUGCCCAAAGCUCAGCAAACUUCAGCCAAAACCCACAAAAUUUUACCCCAGCUAACUUCCAGCAGAGUACGGCUAGCUAUCAACAGAAUCCGGGGACAUUCGGGCCUAGUCAGUUUGCCCAGGGUUCUGCUUUCGGGCAAGGGACGAGUUUCAGCCAGGCUGGUUACCAGGAAGGUUAUGGGGAAGCCAGUGGUAGUUUCGAUGCUCAGACCGGAGUUUGGGGUCCUCCGCCACCUUAUAGCCCUCAAGGGAGGAGUGGUAGUAGACACCACCUCCACCAUCAAGAUCCAGCAGCGGCGACGCUCUUGCACCACCACCAUAUCGACCACCGCAACAUGCACGACCACAUGCAACCGCACACAUGCACGCGCAACUAUCUCAUACAACCCGAACUAUCCCGUAUCCCGGACGGAACUAGAAUAAACCCGGAACUAGCAAGAAUAAACCCGGAAUUAGAUCGUAUCAAUCCGGAGCUGACUUUGAUGAAUGCGGAAUUAACUCGUCUAAACCCGGAACUUGCUCGAAUAAAUCCGGAACUGGCUCGGAUAAAUCCGGAAUUGGCCCACAUGUAUCCGAACGACCCGAAUGAAAUCGCCCGGUUGCAGGAAAUGGUCAGCAUGGGUCCGGAGAGGUUCAACACGCUGAGAGGUCAUUUGGUUCCGUACAGGGGCUGUCAGAGAUCCUUGGGAAUGAGUUCAGGGAACCUUCAUUGUAGGGAAGAGGUUGCUAUAGAGUGUUUGCAUCAGAAAAGUGCUAGUAAAGUUUCAGAUCAGAGCAGUGACUCUUGUCAAAAGCAAGGGAAAGAAAACUUGGGUUUUCAGAAUGACAAACAUUCUCCUAUCCGAUCCUCAAUGCAAGACUGCCAUCGCGGUGCCAAUCUGAAUGCCGAGUCUGAGGUGUAUUUUGCGGACGUGUCCAGCUGCUGUAACGUGAGUGUCAAGGCGGACUGUUGCGUCAACCCAAACGUCUCCGCCCUAGUGGGAACUAUAGAGAAUCACCCAGAAUCGACAUCGGAAUCCGACACCGGUUCAUUCACCCUAACCCGUCAGCAACGCCCGCAACCGCAAGUUGGCUCGAAGCGGCGAAACAGGCAGACAGACAAACAUAUCAACAAAACACAAGAAAAACGACAGGACUUCAAUAACUCCAUUCGACUUACCGAGCAACAGAUCGAACAUCUCAAUAACUCUAUGAGAAUGAGUGAAAGAAUCAACGAUAGACUCGGUGAUCGAAUGAGUGAUAUUAGAAUGAGUGACCGACUCGAUUCAAGAGAACGUUUGGAUCGUAUAGAGUCCAGAGAUGGAUUGAACGCUGGUAGAAUUGAGAGAGAAACGAUAGACACUAGAAUUGAUAGAAUUAAUGACUCUAGAGACCGCUUGAACGAAGCUAGAAGCGAACGAAUUAGUGAUCGAGAUAGGUUGAACGAAUCUAGAAGCGAACGUGUUUGUGAAAGGGACUCUAGGAUCGAUCGAAUGAGUGAUCGUGACAGGUUGAAUGAUCCAAGAAUUGAUCGGAUAUGUGACAGGGAUCGUCUUAACGACUCAAGAAUUGAGAGAAUGAACGAUCGCGAUAGAAUGAAUGACCCAAGAAUAGAUCGCAUGAGCGAUCGGUUAAACGAUUCGCGUAUUGAACGUUUAAGUGACCAAAGUAGGUUAAAUGAUUCCAGAUUGGAUAGAGGUGACCCUAUUCGCUUAAAUGACGCUAGGAUUGAUCGCAUGAGUGAUAGAGAUCGCUUGAAUGAUUCGCGUAUUGAUCGAAUUUGUGACCAAAGCCGGUUAAAUGAUUCUAGAAUCGAUCGUAUAACUGACCGCGAUAGAUUGAACGAUUCUCGUGUCGAUCGCAUGAUUGACCGAGACAGACAGAACGAUCCUAGAAUCGAACGAAUGAAUGAUUCCAGAGUGGAGCGCAUAUCUGACCGUUUCGAAGACCGCAGAAUGUCAGAUUUAAAUGCAAGUGUAAGAAUUGAGGGCAGUCCAAAAAUGCGCACGCACAUGAGUCCCUUGCGUAUGCCAAAAACUAGUCCUAAAAACUUGCCAAAGGAGCAUCCCAGGCAAUCCAGCUCGGAUUCAAAAGAGUUUUUUGUACCACCAGCACAUUCACCAUUAUCACCUAACACAGAAGAGUCAUUAUUGUCCGACGACGAUGAUCGAAGGCAGGAAAUUGUGUAUUCGAAUGAACCAGAAGGUUCUAAAUGCUUAGGACCCGACUCUCAGUAUGAACCGGAGAGGAAGGAUGAGAUAUUGAAAACAAAUCACCAUCACUGUUAUAGUGAUACAAAUACUAUGGACUCGGGCUGGCAGAGUGGCUCAGAAAAACAGGUUACGGAUUAAAUACAUGACGUCAUAUGCUUGGAAUUGUUUGCCUCUUUUGUCGAAUAGAUGUUCGACUACGGAUAUAGUUGUCCUGGAUUCAUCAAUUGACAGUUUGGGCUAGAACUUUUUUGAUUUUUAAUCCUUACCGAUAAUAAAGCUGAAAUAUUUUGUAUGGUUAAAAGCACUAACCUCUUACAAUAUCAGUCUAUUUGAAAAAUCUUAUUCGCAUUUAUACAAAUUCUUAUUUAACUUUUCAAAAUUUCGUUUCGAAAUUGAAGUAGUAAAUCAGACAUUCCACCCCAUAGGGGUUAAAAAGAGGAUGAAAGUUUUUUGUUUCAACGAGCUAAUCUCUGGAACUAACUUGUUUAGUUAUUUUUUUUUGUAGUGAUUAUAAAAUGGAUGACAUGUGGAUGUGGGAUAACCGUCGCGUAAUGGGAUUUUAUCAUCCUUUGGUAACCUAACCUUGGUCUGUCUGUCUGUAUGCUAUCUGCAUCCGUAACGGCGUUCAAGGUUGAUUCCUGCAAAUGACCUACUACAAGACUUGCUCUAAUGCGCGCUUCUUGUGAUUGGCCGAUUAAAAGUCUAAUGUUUUAAAAUUGGAACAUAAGUCUUAUUUACCUGCUGAUAGUGAUAAUUAAUAAAAAAUUCCAAAUAUCCUACAUUCGAUUUUACAUUUGACCAGUUUUAUUCGACUUUAAUAGUGUCCAUAAUAUCGGUUUUUCUAUUAAAUAAGAAUUAGCGAGCUUUCAAACUGUGGUAUUUUUUUCAGUUUUACUAUUGGGUAUUCGAAUUAAAAUAGUAGGUACGGUUAAAAAAAAAAAUGAUUUUCAAAUAAAUUUUAACUAUUAAAAAUCUUUUUGUUACUAGUACUUUCAAGUGGGAUCUUUGUGAUUCAAUUCCGAGGAAACCCCCUGUGUGUGUAAAUAAAAUCUAAGCGAUUUUGAUGGUGUUUGUAGUUGUAGAGUAGAAGGAACAAAGAAGUGUUGGAAGUGAUCGUAGUACGUCGGUAUUAAUAAGUCAUGAUUUUACUAAUAAAUAAUAAAUGUUCUUGUUUUUCGACUUAUUUAUCGUCUUACAUCGAAGGUCACUUUAUUCCAUUCUAAAUUUUUAUUAAGUAACAUUAAAAUGUCUUAUGUUUAUAACGCUAAUAAUAAAUAAUUGUAAUUAAUUAAAUUUAUCGUGUUCGUAUUCAAAUUGCGUAUUUGAGCUGAAAUUCGAAUGAAUUAAUGAAUGAAUGAACGAAUACAAGAAAUAAUGAAUAAAUAACUUGUUAUUUUCUCAUUAUACAGCAAAGAGAAAAGUGAUAGAAAUAUAAACACAAUAGAGCCGGCUAGAGGCUAGAGGCUUACGAAGAGAUUUCUUUCAGGUGACCAAAGGCGUGUAAGGUAUACAGUCAGCCAAUCAGAAAACUUUGCAAUGGUAGCUAUCUAUGAAAAUCUACCUCCAGAAAAUCGAUUGACACCGCGCCGUUCACUUUUGCUACUGGAGUUUUGUUAACCACUAAAACCAAUAAUAUUGUAUUAAAUAUUACUUAUUUAAUUUUAAUCUAUUUACUCUUUGUUACGAAAUUAUGAAUGCUCUCUAAAUUUUUAGUUAUAAACUUGUUAUUCAUAAAAACUACUCAUUGCGUAAGUAUACAGAUUAUAGGGUGCUUUUUGUUCCGGAUAAACAGCCAGGUACCGACCUCGCGGGAUUUUCAAUAAUUACCUUCGUUACCUCUGUUACUGCGUGAAAGAAAGACAAAUCAACAAACAAACGUACACACUUUCACAUUUAUUAUAUUUGUAUUAUGACAGGGAUAGUAGAGAUAUAACAGCUAGUACGAACCUAUCAAAAAUGGAUUUUUACCAGGGAUCUUUUCUUGACUUUUCUUGUAAGCUAUACGCACAGAAAAAACGCAGAAUUUGUAUAUCAUAUCCAGUUUCAGUUCAAAUUAAAUUUAAAACAGUCCAUAAAUUUCUAUAUAUCUUGAAAUCGUCCAAUAUAAGCUAUUUGUCAUUUUAUAAUAGUCAGCCCUCCGUCUAUGUAGGUAAGAUCUUUUCCAGUUUUGAAUAAUAACUAAUUUAAUAUUAAGUUAUUUAAUUUGAUUUGAUACGAAUACUUUAAAUAUUAGCAAAUGAAAUAUUUAUGAUUAAUAUAAAUCUUGUGCCAAUUAGAAAUAGAUCUUGCACAAAUAUGACCAAAUGCAAAAAAAACUUUAAAUUAAGGUUUACUAAAAAAAUGUUGCAAAACUUUAAACCUGAAUGUUUAUAAACAACAGUUUCAAAAUUGGACCGUUACUACAAUCUAGUGAAGGGUUCAUUCAUUUGAUCGAAAUACCAAUUUUGACAUCUGAAUAUAAUGUUUUUGUGAGAGUAAUCAUUAUUGUUAUUUAGUUUAGUUGUUUUAUUAAGCCUUAAUUAGUUAACUAAAUUAACAGGUUUAAAAGAAUUGUUUAUAUUUUCCACAAGGAACUUGUGUAUAAAUAGAUAACCAAUUGAGUUGUUUUUUUUGUUACAUAUUGAUGUUGUUUGUUAGUGAGACCACCGAAAUAAUAAAAAAGAAAACCACUGGGAUACAUAUUUUCCACAUUUUUGAGCACUGUUCGAUCUUGGCUGACCUUGUUACGAAAAAAAAUAUUUGUUUAUAUUAAUUUCAUAUAUUGGUGGUCUCUUUGACUAUACUUAAGAUUAUCGUAAUUAUUUGCACUCGUUCUUGCCACUGGUUAUUGAAGUUACUAAAAAUUGCUUGGCUAGAAUUUAGUUUAUCUGUUUUUUUCAAUUUAAUCAGGUCGGAUGUACUGUUAUUUUAUCGUAUUCAAUUUGCAGCAGAAAUAGUAUAAUAGUUUAGCUAUUAUGUACAAUAUUGUAGGUUAAAAUUAUUACCCGAUCGAACUUGAAUAAACUUCGAUCGAUCAUAUAAUUAGACGUUCUUGUUUAUUGUAUUCUAGAAUGGUUCCAUCGAUUGGAUGGUAAUUACCGUAAAUUUUAAACGAUAUUUCUUCAAAUUAUAGGUUCGUCCGAGUUGAAUUAUUCAAGUUCGAUCGAUUGAUCAUUUUAUUACUGAAUUUACUUCUGAAAGGUACAAAAUCUUUUGAAACAUUUAAAUAUCCUCCUAAGAAAAUACUAUUGUCAUAAAAUAAAUGUGAAUUGAUUUGAAUGUUCUUUUAACUCUAAAUGUAAUUUAUUAAUUCCCUACCACUGUAAUGCAAAAAUGGAAUUGUUUAAUCUAUUUUUAUUUGUAACAAAAAUUUUGUAUUUUUAUUUUUAUAAUAAGAGUUCGAAACGUACUCCUGCGUAAUUUAAUUUUUUUGUAUUAAAUUAACAAUUAAGCGUAUAAUAUAGGAAAUAUCCUUUUUUUGUAAAUGUUUAAAUUAUAAAAUAAUAUCUACUUAUUAAUAAAUACAAGCGGCAAAAAAUUGAGGUAAAGUAUAGUAUUUAUGAUGCUGGUUUUUAUAAAAUUUAUUGAAAUUUCUUGGUUCAAAUUCUUGGCGGUUUAAGAAUUCUUAAACCAUACAUUUUUAAUAAAAUAAUAUUAUCUUAUUUAAAGAAACAAUUCAUACUUUGAUUCUUUCAAUACAUGAAUUGUUAAAUCUUCUAUUAAAAAUCAUAAAUACAAUAUUCUAUCUGCAAAUUACCCGCAAAAGAACCUAUUCUUGUCUGUCCAAUUUUUAUACGUAGGAAUUGAGAUUAAAAAUAACUUUUUUGUGAUGUGAUGAUUUCUCUUCAUUAUUGUAACUUGAAUGUUAGUUUCGAUUAGUAUUCUUAGAUUUAUCUAUAAUGGUUCUAUUAAAAGACUGAAAUCUUG